AUGGCGAACCGAUUCCCUGCUUCCGCACAUAUGGACACUAGGCAGUUCAUUGGCUGGAUCAUCUUCAAUGUACUGAUGAUUCCCAUCCUCUACGUCCGACCGGAGAAGAUAAAGUGGGUCGUACUGUGGAUGAACGCUGUCAGCUUUGUGACGCUCCUUGCAAUGACCAUAUGGCUUCUCGCAAAGGCGGGCGGUGGAGGGCCUUUAUUGAAGCAGCCAGCGACUGUAAGCUCGAGUUCGGAAUUGGGAUGGAGCAUCACCUCUGGGGUAACGACGGUCGUUGGAGGGAUCGCUGUCGGACUCACAAAUCAGAUGGACUACUCUCGCUUCGCUAGGAGGCCGGGCGAUCAAAUUAUCGGCCAGUGGGUGUCUAUCAUUGCUUUUGGUACUAUCAUGCCCACUCUUGGCUGUCUUUGCGCCUCAGCCUCGAAAGCAGUUUACGGUGAAGCCAUAUGGAAUCCUCCGGACCUCGUGCAGAAGUGGCUUGACACGGACUACACAGCCGGUUCUCGAGCCGCUGCAUUCUUUGCUGGUGUGGGACUUGUAGUCUGUCAGCUUGCCAUCAACACAAUUGACAAUGCAUUUUCGGCUGGCAUGGACAUGGCAGGUCUAUUCCCGUCAUACAUCAAUAUUCGACGAGGAGCCUAUGUUGGACUGGUGCUGAGCAUAGCCAUGUGCCCUAAGGAGACUUCUCUCUUCCGCCGGCGAAGGAAGCUGAAGCUAUCCGACCUCUAUCACCCUGCUUCGUGGCGUGGGCAAUUGGCUGGGGUUACUUGCUGCCCGGUUUCGCACACGCUGUGA